AUGGCGACGCGCCGCUCCCACCAGAAAUCCCGUCAUGGCUGCACCACAUGUAAGCGCAGAAGAGUGAAGUGCGAUGAGCACCGGCCAGUUUGCAAUAAUUGCAGCCAACGAAAUGAUACAUGUGUGUAUAGCGCUCCGGUACCUUAUUUCUUCCCAGAAGGGUCGAGGAAGCCACCAACAAAAGGCUCAAAUACACGAAAAGGGUUGAAGGAUAGCCACACACCUGACGGCUCGAUAUGCGAUGUGGAAGGCUAUUUAUCUGGCCCAGAAACUUCGGAAUCUUUACCGUCGUUGAAUAUGGAUCAUUUGGAGCUCGAACUACAGUGGAUUAUGCAUACGCACAAAUUGUUCGCUAGAAGCGAAGAAACUCGAAAAGUGUGGGAGAUUUCAGUACUUCAGGAAGCUCUCCGCUCACCCUUCUUGAUGCAUGGCAUCCUAGCUUUAUCUGCCUUACAUCUAUCACACUUGCAUCAGGAUGAUCGGCAAACAGAAUGGCUCAACAUCGCAAUAGCACACAAAAGUAGUGCACUAUCUAAGUUCUCGGGCCAACUAAAGUCAAUCACUGAGUUGAAUGCAAAAGCUAUGAUGAGCUUCGCCGGUCUAGCAGUUGCAUUCAGUUUUGCGAGUGCUUUGAACUGCUUCAACCCUGAAGACGGACCCAGCUUGGGUGCCUUGACAGAUGUUUUUGUUUUGUCCCGCGGGGUACAAAUUGUCUUCAAUCAAGCAGGCGACUUUCUUCGGGAAAGUAACUUCGCCCCCCUCUUCAACAUCGCCUCUCCUGAUAUUGUGAUCCCUGACCAUGUUAUCUUGGCUUUUGAUCUUCUCAGUAAUCUUAAUAAUCAGUGCAAGAAGCAUUCCCCUGAGAAUGUAUCAUCAGCUUAUGGGCUCGCCAUUCAGCGUCUCCGCGAACUUGCGUCGUUUUCAUAUGCGGAGCCGACUUCCUUGACUCUUGCUGCAGGGUGGGCUAUACGUUGCCCGGCAGAUUAUCUUGAUGAAUUGAAAGCGAGAAAGCCUCUUGCUUUAGUAGUUCUAGCUCACUACUGUGCCUUAUUACAUCUUGCUCGAGAAAACUGGUGUGUCGGGCCUUGGGGGCGCGUUGUUCUGGAAGAAAUUCAAACGAUAUUAGAUGGGGGCUGGCAAAUACAUAUUGAGUGGGCGCUUAAUCAGGUUGCGGAAUGA